AUGCGCCCAAGUGCCUGCAGCAGGACCGAGAUGAAGGCCGCCAAGACGUUGAGGUCUUCCACUAAGCCGCUGAAGGCGAAGGACAUCGCCGAUCCGCAGCUCUUCCCGUGGAGGGUGUUCCGCGGCGCUCUGCUCACGGGCUGCUCCAUGUGGGUGUUUAUCAUGAUCGGGCGCGUCGUCGAGCAGACCAACGGCGAGAGGCAGCUCCUGAAGCAGGAGGGCCGCGUGGAGCGCUGGCCUUCGCACAUGCAGCCGUGGAGGGGAUGCCACCCUGGUCGCGCCAUGGUACCCGCAACGAGUGGGCCCACACCGGCGGCUCCGACCGCCGCCUGCAGGCGCAGCCUUGGCACCACGGGCCCCCGCGGGAACCGCAGCAGGACCGAGGCCUGGAGCAAGCGGGUGGCCCUCUUCGGCGCGAAGCGCGGCGAGUGGGAGAAGGACGCAGAGGACCGCGCCGCGGCGGGCGCCGCGAAGGAGCUGCUGGCCGCCCUCACGCCCAUCGUCGAGGCGCUGCACGAGGGGGCGCGCCCCGCGGCGCAGUCCCGCAGGGCGGGGCUCACCUGGCCGGGGGAGCUGCGGCCGACGAUGCUGGCCACCAGCACGCGGAGGGGACCGGGCACCUCGCCGCCCUGGCGGCCGACAGCCGCGGCGCCCUGGUCGAGAUGCCCAGCGCGGCUCGCGCCACGCCGUUCUCGCUGA